AUGUUGACAGCCUUGCUUCUCUGCGGUCUGCCUCUCACAUUCGCCAUAGAUUGUAUGGUACCGAAAGAUGUCGGUGUUCAAUGCGAUGAACCGUCUCAACGAAUGUUUUACUACGAUAGUCAUUACAGUAAGCUGACAAUAUUACCUUUUCGGUCCAUUAAUCUCAGCUUCUACAUUACUCAGAUUUUUUCAAUUUCAGAAGUCUGCCAGCCAUUCCAAUAUCGUGGAUGCGGAGGGAACUCCAAUCGAUUCGCCACGUCUAAGGAAUGUAAGGAAACUUGUCCAGGUGGAAGUUCGAAGAGCCCAAGCAACGAUGCCCCUAAUGAAGCUGCUCUUGCCGGCAGUGAUGCAGUGUUUGUACCCAGGGGGACCUCACACGAUCAAUGGAUGAAAGCUGAGAAGUGCGGUUCGAACUAUCUUAUUCCCAAUGCGCAGUACAUUCAUCCAAAUCCGUCUUGUCCACCUAACCACGAAGUAAAGAACGGUGUCUGCUGCCCAACGAGAGAUUACGUCUGUUCACUUCGUGACGAUUCGGGCUCCUUCGUAGAUGGCAUCGAGGAUCGACCACGGUUUUCAUGGAAUCAUGCCGUUCAUUCAUGCGAACGCUUCAGUUACUUCGGUGCAAACGGAAAUUACAACAAUUUUCCGAGUUUUUAUAGCUGCCUAAAUUAUUGUAAAGAAUCGCAUCCGUUAGAGUAG